AUGGCUACGGCUGCUGCUGCUCGUGCUCUCACGAAAGCCUUCCCCCGAAGCGCUUCUUCCGCCACCUCCUCCGUCCGCCUCGCCGCUCGUCCCUCGCGCGACACUGCCGCAAAGCAUUUCUUCCGGCAAUCUUCCCGCCGGCACUACUCCUCUGGUCCAGAGCCGGCCAAGAAGUCGAGCUCCGGCGCCAUCCUCGGAGGAGCCGCGGCGGCUGCUCUGCUGGCAGGUGGUUUCUACUACUAUUCCCAAGGUGAACUGCACCUCAAGUCCGGGAGCGCAGGACAGUCUGCUGGCCUGCUCAACCCCACCGCCCAAGACUACCAAAAGGUGUACGAUGCGGUUGCCAAGGCUCUCUGGGAGAAAGACGAUUACGAUGAUGGAUCAUACGGUCCUGUCCUGCUCCGACUGGCGUGGCACGCUUCUGGCACCUACGAUGCUGCCACAGGAACCGGUGGAAGCAAUGGUGCCACCAUGCGGUUUGCUCCCGAAUCCGACCAUGGUGCCAACGCUGGCUUGAAAGCUGCCCGCGACUUUUUGGAGCCCAUCAAGCAACAAUUCCCCUGGAUCUCGUACUCCGACCUGUGGAUCUUGGCCGGUGUUUGCGCUGUGCAGGAGAUGCAAGGCCCAACCAUCCCGUUCCGACCGGGUCGACAAGACAGGGACGUUGCCUUCUGCACUCCAGACGGGCGUUUGCCCGACGCCACCAAGGACCAGAAUCACAUCCGGGCCAUCUUCGGCCGGAUGGGCUUCAACGACCAGGAAAUGGUUGCUCUUUCUGGUGCACACGCCCUGGGACGAUGCCACGUUGACCGCUCUGGCUUCGAUGGCCCCUGGACCUUCUCGCCGACUGUUCUGACCAACGACUACUACCGACUUUUGCUCGACGAGAAAUGGUCCUGGCGCAAGUGGAACGGCCCCAAGCAGUAUGAAGAUGUGAAGACACACUCCCUGAUGAUGCUCCCGACCGACAUGGCCCUGAUCAAAGACGCGACUUUCAAGAAAUACGUCGAGAAAUACGCAAAGGACAACGACGCCUUCUUCAAGGACUUCUCCGCCGCCGUCACCAAGCUGUUCGAACUCGGUGUGCCGUUCCAGAGCAAGGCCGAAGACAGAAUCACUUUCAAGCCCACUGUCUCGCAGUAA